AGACUAUAUCGGAGCGAAAAAGUAUGUCGGCUACAACGCAUGACAGGCAAACGUGUGUGCAUAUACAAGUGGUGCGUACCUUUUGAAAAGUUUAAAAAAAAACGAAGACGCGGCACGAUCGCGUCGCCUUUUAGUACGGCCAAGAUAUUCGGAACGUUCGCCAGUGAUUCGCAAUGGGGCAAUAUCAUCUACCGGGAUAAAACAAUGGCGUAAAGUCGUUCGCAGGUUUUACGAAUGCGGAUACAUCUCGAAAGUAUUUAUAUCGCAAGUGGAACAUUGAGAAUGGCUUUUGAGGUUAUCGCGUCAGAAGGCAAGGAGGACUGAUCUCUGCAUGGUGAUCCACUGCGAGUACGACGUUAAGUAGUUCAGUUAUUGGCCGUAUCUAGUCAGAAACCAGCCUUCAAAUGACCGAAGAAAUAGAGUUAAAUCAGUCGCGAAAGAAUCGCGUCUAUUAUGCAGCGAGGGAUGGAAUGUCGAUCACCCUCUACGCCCUUCUCAGCGGCACUUCAGAUGAGGAGGCCUAUUCCCUCAUUAACCAGAAAGUGUUGGACGAAGAAGGGGAACAGUACACGCCCUUAAUAGUUGCUGCAAGAUAUGGACAUAAUAAGGUUGUUAAAAUAUUAAUAGAAAAAUUCAAGGAACUCGAUUUGGAGCAACAAGGCACUGUUAAAUUUGAUGGCUACGUAAUACAAGGAGCGACUGCUCUUUGGUGUGCUGCAGGUGCUGGUCAUUUAAAUGUCGUUAAAACUCUUGUUCAGGCCGGAGCAAACGUUAACUAUGCGACACAAGCGAAUUCUACACCCCUCCGCGCUGCUUGUUUCGAUGGAAGAUUAGACAUUGUAAAAUAUUUAAUAGAUCACAAUGCUGAUAUAAACAUUGCUAAUAUGUACAACAAUACUUGUCUGAUGAUCGCAGUUUAUAAGGGACACAUCGAUGUCGUGAAUUUUCUGUUAUACAAUGGAGCCAACCCAAAUGAGAAAGCUAAUUGUGGGGCCACUGCCUUGCAUUUUGCUGCUGAAUGUGGUCACACCAAAAUUGUUAUAGAACUGCUCAAUUAUGGAACAAAAAUGACAAAGAAUGUUAACGGUGUGACACCUCUGAUUACUGCUGCUGAACGUGCGAGAAGAGAAAUAGUAGAGUGCCUUGUAGAAUUGGAUGAAGUUACUAAAGAGGAAGUCAUUGAAGCAUAUGAAUUGCUGGGUGCAUCCUAUGCCAAUGAUAAGGAUAACUAUUGCAUUGACAGAGCAUACAAGUACCUGCAGAAAGCAAUGACUUUAAGAUACAGUGAUCCUGAAAAUAUUAUAUACAAAAAAGUAUGUAAACCUGUACCUGCAUACGAAAAUUGGAGAGAGAGCGAGACUUUGGAAGCUUUAGAGAGAAUUAAAGGGAAUAACAGCGCACUUCACAUGGAAUCCCUUGCUAUAAGAGAAAGGAUAUUAGGAACUCACAAUCCUGAAGUACCCCAUCCUAUAAUAUACAGAGGAGCUGUUUUCGCAGACAAUGACAGAUUUGACAGGUGUAUUGACUUAUGGCUCCAUGCCUUGGAGUUGAGACAACUAAAUAACAAGUCUGUCAUGAAAGAUCUUCUGCGCUUUGCACAAGUAUUCUCUCAAGUAAUCCAUGCUGGCGUCGAUCUCCAAUUCACGCAAGUUGUUAAAGUCUUAGAAGCGAGUGUGAUUGAGUUAGGAAGGAAUAAGAUCAAGAUGAAUAAACCGGACUCUAAGGAUGACAUUAAUCAGUACAUUGAAGAAACUGAAUCAAAUAUCACAACAACGCUGUAUAUUCUAACGAUCUUAACGAAAUUGAUGACCCUGAACGAGAAGGAAUACGACGAGGCAGAAAUCAACAAUGUUCAUUAUUUAGUGCACAGAUUGUGUGCACUGCGCAUGAGCCUCAGAGAUGGACAGACUCUUUUGCAUCUGGCUGUGAAUGCUGAAACACCUGUCGACGAUUUUCACACUAACGAUGUUUGCAAAUUUCCUUGCGCUGCGACAGCAAAAUUAUUAAUUCAGUGUGGCGCCGAUGUGAAUGCCAUGGACAAUGAAAGAAACACACCGCUCCAUAUAAUUGUUAGUUACCAGAAGUCAAUAAGUGAUUUUUUGACGUUGCACACCAUCGUCAUAGAAUUAAUUAAUGCCGGGGCACAUAUGGAUAUUGUCAAUAGUCAAGGAAAAACACCUUACGACGCUGCUACGACGGGCGUGGCAGAGAUAAUAUUGCGGACACAGACAAAGUUGUCUUUGAAGUGUAUGGCGGCGAAAGUAGUCAAGACUUAUAAUCUGUCUUAUGUUGGUACCGUUCCUCGUUCUUUGGAGAGCUUUAUAGAACUUCACGGACCUGGGCUCAAUCAAGUGAACGUAGUCGGGCCCGAAAUGGCAUUAAAAAAGGAUGUUACAUGCGUACUUGAUAUGUAGGCAUUUCUUGUAAAGACUUACAAGUGGAGCAUAGCCACGACUUCGUUACGAUUAAAGUACAGGGUAACGACGAGGAAAUCGAUUGCCCUUUGUUGGUAACUUCAGGAGUUUGGAAAUUGUUAUUCGAUUUUGAAUUGCUUUACUUGUAUAGAAUUGUUUCAAACGAAACCUGUUUCUUAUUAACUACAAAUUCUAUUUUGGAGAUUAUGUUUUAAACGUAGUUACUUAGUCGAGGAACUGAAUAUAAAUUGAACACAGCCUACCGUUUCAUACUUAUGUAGGAAUUAAAUACUUUUCACUUUUUAUUAUCGUACUUUCGAAGUUUAUCGUGAACGACCUACACAUGUGAUUCGUACUUUGAAAGAAAUCGUCAUACAUAUAAAUGGAUUUCUUUAAUAGAAAAUGACGUUGUAAUAUAUUAGAGCGGAAUAAAACUUGUACUUGCAGCCAGAAAAUUUAUUCGGAGGACAUAAGCAUUUUGUAGCUAUAAUUAAUUGCAAUAUUGCCUUUUAUUCAAACACUCGGUCGUUCGGCAUAAAGAGGCUUUUUUCGAUAUAGUAAUUUUUGCAAAUACACUUAUUUCUAGACGAUAUAAACAUCAAAAUAUUAUUAAAUCAUUUUGCUCAUUAACAUAAUUACGCGCGUUUAAUAGUUGGAAAAGCUGGCGUUAAUUACUUAUCGGAAUUGUCGAUUUUAACUAUAAACAGUGUUGUGUACUAACAUUUUAAUGUGCCUAUGUAGAGUGAAAACAUCAUGUUUUUAUAUAAGAUAAAUUAAUAUAACUCGCGUGUAUAUAUAUUCUAGUUCUUACCUAGAAUACAAUUAGAAUUAACGAAUAAAAACAUGCUGGCAUGACUUGUAAACAAAGAAUGUAUGAAACAUCAAUCGAUUAUGGAUAUACUUUCAUAAUUUGAUGCGAUACCACGACUGCGUACAUAUUAAUUAUAAUUAUAAGAAAAGAAGUGAUGCAAGGUUUACAUUGCAUAAAUAAUUUCAUAUUUUGUCUAUACGUACUGUCGUGUAUCCAUAUACAUGUAGAAACACGUACAUGUACAUGUAUGUAUGUACAUCUAACACCUAUCGAUACAAGCUUAAAAAUGUUUGUUUUGAUAUCUGUAUAAAAAAAAUUUGUUCUGCAUAGAAUUACACAAGUUCAUUCGACGACAAGAGUCUUUGUCAAAUUGUCAUCGUCUUGUCUCGUUGAACCCGAGAGUGAAACUCGUAAAAUUCCUUGACAAGAUAAAUCAGUUGAGAGGCUGAGGAAAAUAAAAACGUUUCGAUAAAUAUUACGAAUGUACUUUAUUUUCAUUUUAAUGUUUCGUUCUAAUGAUUUAAAUAAACAUUUACUUAGAAUUAAAAUAUACAAUAUUAAGAGUACGAGCUCAUCGAGGAGCUCCUGCCAUCGCCUUUUACAAUAUAUUUUUUACAUGAAUGUAAAAGAACAAUUAUACAUCGAUCGAGGCGUUUUUAUAAUUUUCCCUAUUAAUUUUCACUCGCUUUUGGCAAAGCGCCACUGCGAUCACUGUUAUUUACAUCUCUGUAAAUGUCGAAAUCUCUGUGUCCUUCUGACUCGCGAGCGUUUAAGAGAUUCAGCAGUUCUUCGCAUUGAUAAAGUAAUGCAAAUAUCAUCCGUAAAAAAGAAACUCUCGGUAUAACUUCAAAAUACUUUUCCGCGCUCCAGUCGUUACGCUUAUCUCGUAUUACGAGUUUCAUAACAUGCAGUCUACAUACAGAUUUUGAAAUAAACGACAGCUUCAACUUC